AUGUACCAAACAACUCAAAAAGAGGUGGAUAAAAUGUUAGUGAGUGCUAUAAACUCCAAGUGGACGGUUCUGAAUCUAAGUCAUCGCGAUCUAACGGUUCUCCCAGACUCGCUGAAGGAGCUUGCUAAAGUGAGAACUUUGUUGCUGAAUGACAACAGGAUCAUCAUGCCUCCGAUGGAACUUGUAACAUUGAAAAAUCUACAAGUUUUGUCGCUUGAUCACAACCAGCUGACGUUAAUACCUUCUGGAUUUCGGCAGCUAGCAAACUUGAGGAUUUUAUGCUUGAGUCACAACAAUCUAGGAUUUUUACCAUCCGAAAUUGGUGAUUUAGUGUUUCUCAAAGAACUUUGGAUCGUCAAUAUUCAGCUAAUGUCGUUGCCUCCGGAAAUUUGUAACCUUCCGCAUUUGGAGAAACUCGGUGCAGGUUGUAAUAACAUCAAAUCUUUGCCUGAAAACUUUGCAAGGUUAACAGCUCUCAAAUGGCUAAGCUUAGCCAAUAAUCAACUUUCAUCUUUACCAGAUAAUUUUCAUCGCCUCAUAAACUUGAUGCACUUGGAUCUUUCAGAGAAUCAAUUUGGUAAAUUCCCUGAAGCUUUGCGUGGCUUAAACAAACUUGAAUUUCUGAGUCUACAGUCAAACUUAAUUCAAUCUUUGAGCAGUAAUUCAGUUGACAGUUUGCCUAAUUUGAGUCAUGUUGACUUACGAGAUAAUAAAUUGGACUUGUUGCCAAGAAAUUUGGAGCGCUUACAUAUCUUUGUCAUUGGACAAAAGCAAGUUUACAGAGAUGUAGAGGAAAAUAGUUUGCAAAAAGUCAUUGAAGUCAGGAAAAAACGUAAAAGUGCCAAAGUGUAA